UUUGUUUGACCAGUGUUGAGGGCAAACUUAAGAGUCCCCACACAGCUGUUUGUGAGCCAUCUCUAUCUCUCUAAUCUCUAGUUCUUGUCUUCUGUUUCUGCAUUAAUAGAUAUGCUUUAGUUUAAUUUUUUUGGUCCAACAAUAUGUAUGCAUGCUUUAUGUAGGAACAUGGAUUUCUUAUUAUUUGUGGCCUAAUAAGCUCGUGACAUGUAUAAACUGUUUUGAGAUUUACGUCCUGCUUAAUUGGAAAGAAUUAUCUUUGUCUAGGGUUCUGAAGAUUGAUCCCAGCUGGGUAAUAUAUAUCUUUUAUUAUUUAAAUCUGAUCAGCAUAACAAUUGUUUGUAAUUAUGUAUGAUACGUUACGACAAAACUCUCUAACAUGUUAUGUUCUUUCAACCAUGAACUAAGUGGUGCCUUCCAUUUGGAUCAAUCUUACCUACUUGAUAAGAUGGGAGGUGGAAAGCACGAGAAACAUGAGACAACUGAGAAAGCACUAUUUUCAUACCCUGCAAGUGGGUAUGGAUCAUACCCUCCACAAGGGUACGGAUCAUACCCUCCACAAGUAUAUGGAUCAUACCCUCCACAAGGAUAUGGAUAUCCCCCGCAAGCACAUCAUGCAUACCCUUCUUCUGGCGGGUAUCCUCCUGCUGCCUAUCCUUCUUAUUGGGGAUAUCCACCAACUGGUUAUCCAGGACCAGGGUAUGGAGCUGCUGGCAUUGAAAUGGGAGGGAUGUUAGCUGGAGGUGCUGUCACAGGUGUUCCUGCGUAUGGCUGUGGCGCUUACCAUGGCUAUGGUGGUUCCCAUGGCUAUGGGGGUGCCGCCGGCUAUGAUCAUGGCAAAUUUCGGCAUGGAAGUUUGGCAAACCAUUUGAGGGCAAGUUCAACAAACGGUAUUAAAACAUAUAAUAUGGUGGAUCUAAGGCAAAUAUCAUGGUCGCUUCAUCAAGAUCCAAAUCCAGUCUAAAAUAAUCUACUUACGAGUUACGCCCUUCUAAUAGUUACUUUAUAAAUAAACACGUGUUUGUAUUUUGUACUGUAUAAAUACACAAAAAAUAAAUAGACGUAUUUGUAUUUUGUUUU